AUGUGGGAUGAAACUGUUGCCGGACCUAAGCCGGAGCAUGGCCUUGGCCGCCUCCGCAAUAAGAUCACCGCUCAACCCAUUGACAUCAAAGGAGCAGGAGAAAGUAGCAGCAGCAAGGCUGUGCUAACGAGUCCGGCGUCGGCGGGGAGUCCAAGAACUCCGACAACGCCGGGAUCGGCACGUAAAGAGAACGUGUGGAGGAGUGUGUUUCAUCCAGGAAGUAACAUAGCAACCAGAGGAAUGGGCACUAACCUCUUUGACAAGCCCUCUCACCCUAACUCUCCCACGGUCUACGACUGGUACGUACUUCAUCUUCGCUAUACAGCGACGAUACAAGGAGCAAGCACCGUUGAACCGAGACGAGGGAGUGACAUGCAUCAUCUUGAUCCGUUCACCACGUUCUGUGUUCUAGACAGUUCGAUCUCCACCAUCUGUGUUGGUUUUAACGGUGGUCAUGCGUCCUCUUGUCUCUUGUGA